UAACACGUGGGAGCAGCUGCGUCUGGUGGUGCCGAGCUCUUCCACAGGUCAAGAUGAAAGAAGUUCCGCUAAGUACGUGUGAGAAAACGUCGAUUGUGUCGGCCAUCCGGGCAGGUCAACGCUACGACAACAGAGAGUUUCUCGAAGUCCGAGACAUCUCACUUAAUUUUGGGAAGGACUACGGUUCCUGCACUGUCACCCUUGGCCAGACUAGGGUAUUAGCUCAGGUCACCGGCGAAGUAGUCGAGCCGAGACCAUCCCGACCUAACGAAGGAAAAAUAUCUAUCUCGGUUCACUUGUCACCCAUGGCUGCACCGCACUUUGAGUCCGGGCGUAGUAACGACCUGGUGGAUGAACUGCAGCAAAUAUUAGAAAGAAACAUCAAGGAGUCAAGAUGCCUCGACCUCGAGUCUCUGUGUGUCCUGGCGGAGGAAAGUGUCUGGCAACUGAGAGUGGAUGUUACGGUGCUGAAUCAUGCCGGUAACUUAGGAGACGCUUGUAACCUCGCGUCUGUUGCAGCUCUUCGGCACUUCCACCGUCCCGACGUGACGGUGGAAGAAGACGGACGAGUGACCAUCCACACCCUGGAAGAGCGUGAACCCAUUCCUACCUUCAUGAAAAAAGUGCCCGUGUGUCUCACUUACGCUUUUUUCGUUGUUGAUGAUAAAUGCUACAUGCUGAUGGAUCCUUCAGAGAAAGAAGAGAGGGUAAGCAAUUAUUUUUAUGAAUUGGUUAAAUUAUGGAUAAAAGUUAAGUUUGGCUUCAUGAGGUUUGGUUGGUUACUGAGACAGACCCUUGUCCCCCCAACCUGCCUCCCUUCAUAGAGCAGUGAUCACCUU